AUAUUAAGAGUAUUUGAUGCACCAAAAACUUUUAUUAGAUCAUUAUCAAAACUAUCUAUAAAUAAAAAUCUGGAAUAUAUAUCGUCAAUGCAACCUGUAGGAGCAAAUCUUCCAGCAUUAGGUUUAUCAAAUAAAGCUAUAUUUCAAAGUGAUAUAGAAAAAUUAUCAGAAAUUGCAGAACCAGAAGAAUUUUUAAGCAGACAAAAUUAUUUACAUUCAUCAUCAGCACCAAAUUCUUUGAUGCAGACUUUAAAUCAUCCACCAUCUUCCAAUCUUUUAAGGCCUGAUGACUUGAGUGAAAAAUCAACAGCUGUGACUGCUUCAUUCAAUUUAAUUGUUGCUACACAAUUCCAAUUAUCAUUUACAUCAUUUGCUCCUUCAUCUUUAGCUAAAUCUUCAAUCCAAAAUUUGACCUACAAAAACAAGAAACAAUGA